AUGCCUUCUAUACUCAUCACCGGUGCUGGAGGCUACGUCGGUCAAGAACUCGCAGCAGAAUUACUACGAACAACCUCUUCCGAUACCACAGUGGUCAUAGCCGAUGUCCAAGAACCCCCAGUCCCAGCAUCAGCAUCCGAACAUGCCUCCCGCCUCAAAACAGUAGCAGCAGACUUGACCUCCCCAAAGGUCGUCGACGAACUAAUCAAUGCAUCUUCUCCAUACGAAUCCGUCUUCUUACUACAUGGAAUCAUGUCCAGCGGCUCAGAAGCAAACUUUGAGCUCGGAGUCAAAGUCAAUCUUGACUCAAAUAGAUAUAUCCUCGACCGUCUCAAGGAUACUAUGCCAGGAGUUAAGGUGAUUUUCACAUCUUCACUUGCCGUCUACGGUCCUACCAAGACCGGAUUUGUGAUUAACGAGACCAAUCUUCCACCCGUGCCGUUGUCAUCGUACGGAUCACAGAAACUCAUGAUUGAGAUUUUGUUGAAUGAUUACUCUCGACGAGGGUUUUUGGAUGGCCGGGCUGUAAGAUUGCCCACCGUGACUGUUCGAGCGGGAAAACCGACUCAAGCUGCGAGCAGUUUUGUGAGUGAUAUUAUCCGAGAGCCAUUCCAUGGAAAGAAGGCAAUUCUUCCCGUUGCGAAAGAUACGCCUGUCUGGAUCUGUUCGCCGUAUACCAUUGUCAAGAACAUAUUGCAUGCUUGCGACGUUCCCAAGGAAGCAUUUGGCGAUUCACGUUCUGUCAAUUUGCCGGGUCUUCUGGUUACCGUGCAGGAGAUGCUGGAUGCAUUGGAGCAGAUUGGCGGGCCGGAAAAGAGGGCUUUGGUAGAGGAGAAAUACGAUGCGGAUGUAGACAGGAUUGUGCAGAGUUGGUCGCCGUUGUUUGAUACUGCGCGUGCUAGGCAGUUAGGAUUUGCGGAUGAUAUCUCGAUGAUUGAGAAUAUCCAGAAGUUUGCGAAUUCGCUCCAACAAGCACUCAUGGCUUCCCGACGGCUUGCUCAUCAGUUCAACCAGGCUUUGCGCAACCGCGCUGCCUUGAAGGCCGUUCAGCCCGUGAAGCGCGGCUUUGCUACGCCAGUUGGCCUGCCAUCACGAACACAGUCGACCACUUUGUCGAACGGCCUUACCAUCGCUACCGAACACAAUCCCUAUGCUGCCACGAGCACAGUCGGUGUUUACGUCGAUGCCGGAUCUCGUGCAGAAACUGAUAAGACCAAUGGAACUGCUCACUUCCUUGAGCACUUGGCCUUCAAGGGCACCAACAAGAGAACCCAGGGACAGCUCGAGCUCGAAAUUGAGAACAUGGGUGGCCACUUGAACGCUUACACCUCGAGAGAAAACACUGUCUACUACGCCAAGUCCUUCAACGCCGAUGUGCCCAAGGCUGUCGAUAUUCUCGCUGAUAUCUUGCAGAACUCGAAGCUCGAGACUUCUGCCAUCGAGCGUGAACGUGAUGUCAUUCUCCGGGAAGCCGAGGAAGUCGAGAAGAUUAGCGAGGAAGUCGUUUUUGACCAUCUCCAUGCCACUGCUUUCCAAGGCCAGUCUCUUGGUCGCACCAUUCUCGGACCUAAGGAAAACAUCCAGAGCAUCCAGCGUGAUGACCUUGUCAACUACAUCAAGACCAACUACUUGGCCGAAAAGACUGUACUUGUUGGCGCCGGUGGUAUCGAGCACGAUGCCCUUGUCCGGCUUGCUGAGCAACACUUUGGCAGCCUGCCUUCUGCUCCUCCUUCUGCUGCUGCUGCUGCCGUUGCCGCCGAGCAGAAGCGCAAGCCCGACUUCAUUGGUUCUGAGGUCCGUCUCCGUGACGACACCAUUCCAACUGCCCACAUUGCUCUUGCAGUUGAGGGUGUCAGCUGGAACGAUGACCACUACUUUACCGCUCUCCUUGCUCAGGCUAUCAUUGGCAACUGGGACCGUACCAUGGGUAAUGCCUCAUUCCUUGGUAGCAAGCUCAGCAACGUGGUUUCUCACCACAACCUUGCCAACAGCUUCAUGAGCUUCUCCACCAGCUACAGCGACACUGGUCUCUGGGGUAUCUACCUUGUCAGCGAGAACUUGACUCAGCUCGAUGACCUCGUUCACUUCACCCUCCGCGAAUGGAGCCGUCUCUCAUUCAAUGUCACCGAGGCUGAAGUCGAGCGCGCCAAAGCUCAAUUGAAGGCCUCCAUCCUCUUGUCUCUCGAUGGCACCACCGCUGUCGCCGAAGACAUUGGUCGCCAAAUCAUCACAACUGGCCGCCGCCUCAGCGCCGAAGACAUUGAAGCCACCAUCAGUCGCAUCACCGCCAAGGACGUUAUGGACUUUGCCAACCAGAAGCUCUGGGAUAAGGAACUCGCCAUUAGUGCUUAUGGUUCAAUCGAGGGUCUGCUCGACUACCAGCGCAUCACCAACGAUAUGAGCCGUAACUUGGCUUAA